CCCCAAAGUGGAGGAUUCAAGAAAGCAAAAGGGAAGGAGAAAGGACCAAGGUGUCCUGUCAUAUGUGCAGGGGCUGGACAGUGCCUCUCGCUGUGCCCCCAGGGCUGGGGCUAUCAAGAGUCUGUGAGCUGUCCUUAGGUGGUGGCAAGAAUUCUGAUCAGGUGCUAGGAGAGCCGCAGGGAUCCAGCCCAGCCUUAAGCUCUGAGUGACCCUCUGUUCUGGUGUCACUGGGAUUUGGAGCUGCGUCUUGGACAGGAGUCAGCCUUGGUCCUGGCCCUCCCAAUUUCCCCGCCAUGAUUCUCCUCCAUUGUCCCGGGCACUGUGCCAGGUGGCCCCCUCAUGCCAGCACACCUCUGCACCCCCCAUCUGUCUGUACGUCAAUCAGUGCUCCCUGCUCUCCCCAGGUCUUCCCACUCUUCCAGGCUCUAGGUGCAAACGGACUCCUGAUCGAAUAUGAGGACAUGUUCCCCUACGAGGGCCGCCUGCAGCUGCUCCGAGCCAGGCAUGCCUACAGCCCCGCAGAAAUCAGUGAGAUUGUGCAUCUGGCUACUUGCCACGGGCUGGAAGUCGUCCCUCUGGUGCAGACAUUUGGCCACAUGGAGUUCGUGCUGAAACACCAGGCUCUCGCACACCUCCGGGAGGUGGCACCAUUCCCCAACACCCUGAACCCCCACGAGCCUGAGUCCCUGGCGCUGGUGGAAGCAAUGUUGCAACAGGUCCUGCGGCUGCACCCAAGUGCCCGCUGGUUCCACCUGGGCUGUGACGAGGUCUACUACCUCGGGGAAGGCGAGGCCUCCAGGCAGUGGCUGCAGCAGGAGCACAACAGCAAGACCAAGCUGUGUCUGUCACACCUGAAGGCGGUGGCCGGCCUCGUGUUGGCCCAGCACCCCACCACAACACCUCUCGUGUGGGACGACAUGCUGCGCGACAUCCCUGACGACCAGCUCACAGACUCCGGGUUGUCACAGCUGGUGGAGCCUGUGCUCUGGGACUAUAGAGCAGACCUGGACGUCCACACCAAGGCCCUCCUCAUGGAAAAGUACCGCAAGUGUGGUUUUGCCCACCUGUGGGCCGCCAGCGCCUUCAAGGGGGCCACUGGGGCCAGCCAGGCCCUGACGCCCAUCGAGCACCACCUCCGGAACCAUGUGCAAUGGCUGCAGGUGGCUGCUCAGGCACAGGCCAGUGCGCUGCAAGGCAUUGUGCUGACCGGUUGGCAGAGGUAUGACCACUUCUCCGUGCUGUGUGAGCUCCUGCCCGUCAGCAUCCCAUCUCUCGCAGUGUGUCUGCAGGCGCUUCUGCACGGUGGCUUUGCCGAAGAAGCCAAAGCAAGAGUAGAGAACUUACUUGGGAUUCGGAGCCUGGACCUGAUGGACUUUACAGGGGAGGGGGCCGGCUCCUUCCCUGGCAGUGACAUCCUGGCCCUCGUCACCCAAGUCGGCCUGCACCUGUGCAGCUCUGUGGACGCACUGCUAGAGCGAGACCGGUAUGUGACGGGCUGGUUCAGCCCCUACCACCGUAAGCGGAAGCUCAUCCACCCUGUCAUGAUCCGGCACAUUCAGCCUCAGGCUCUCAGCCUGCUGGCCCGGUGGGGUGCAUUGGUACAGGCCCUGGAGGUCGCCCUGCAGCGUGUCUUCUACCCGGACACUGUGGAAGAGUGGCUGGAGGAGAACGUACAGCCCAGCCUGCAGCGUGUGCAGGCGCUUCUGCAGGACCUGGGGGAGGCUGCGACCUCUUGCUGAGGGACUGGGACCAGCACUCAGAAACCAGCACUGCAGUUUGUACUUUAUUCUAGAGAAAAGCAUCCUCUGGAACCAUUUCAAA